CAAAACAUAUUUGAGUUAUUUUUCAUAAGAAAAGGAAGUUACUUGUAGUUGAAACUACAAAUUUAUGUGUGUGUGUUGAACUAGCUAAGUUCAUUUGAUAUCUCCCAAAAUUGAGCUAAAGAUAUACAUAAUAUUUCUUAGAAACGUUUGGCGUUGUCAGCAGCAGAGACUGCUACAAAUUGGGAAACCAUCAGCGGUCUACAGUACUUCCAAAUCAACGCAAAAACAAACUAACUUAAACAGCACCACCAGCAGCAGCGAUCCGGCAGCAAAAGCCCCAACAGCGGCAGCAGCAGUUUGUAGUCACAUCAUGAGCGGUCGGUAUCGCGGCGGUGGAGGCGGAGGAGGUGGACGAUAUGGAGGAGGAGGUGGCUACGGUGGCGGCGGUGGUGGAAGUGGUGGGGGCGGAUACAAUGACUUUGACAACUAUUGGGGCGGUGGCGGUUGUGGAGGAGGCGGUUACAACGACAAUUUCGGCCCUGGUCCGAAUCCCUUCAACAUGGGUCCCAACAUCUCGGGCAACGAUUUGAUGCAGCUGAUGAGCGCAAUGGCCAGUAAUUUUAGUAUGAACUCACAGCCACCACACCCAAUGCGUCAGAGUUGUGGAGAGUUGCGGAAUCAUCACUGCGGCAUGUUUGUGGAACUUUCAGGGCGACUGUUUAAAAAGCGAGUCAAUCGCUUUGCCGAGCUGCGUGAUCGUAAUGGCGGAGCUUGUCAGUUGGUCGUGCUGGAGGACAAACAUCCGCGAGUGGCACGGCGCAUGAACAACAUGCCAGAAAAUACAACGCUUACAAUUGUGGGCCAAGUGAUGCGAAGGCCCCACAAUUCGUGUAACCAGACAAUGCCCACAGGCGAAAUAGAAGUGGAGGUGCAGGACAUACUCAGCAUACAUUUUCCAGCUAGCGGCACGAAACGUGCCGGCGACAAGCGCACCUACAGCACCAUGGCACAGCAACAGAGCAGCCUGGGCAUCACCAGCACAGAGUACAAGAUUGCCAAGAACGAGAAUAUCUUGAAAUACUUUGAAAACCGCGAUCUCACCUGUAAUGAUCUACGACGCGAGGAUGUCGGCAAAACAGUCACCUUGGUGGGCUGGAUACCAUCGACUAAAAACAACAAAUUCUUACAGCUAAAGGAUGGCUACGGUCAGACUCAGCUCAUGAUCGAAGAUCAAUCUCUAAUGGACACAUUUAUGUCUACACCGGAGCAAACCGUAUUGCAAAUAGUUGGCAAAGUGCUCAGCAGGCCGAAGGCAAACAUAAACUUGAAAUAUGACACUGGCGCGGUGGAAGUUAGUGUGACCAGUGUUAAAGUUUUAAAUCCCGACGACCCCUACGAGGGUCCCAUCAAAGUUAAAGAGAAGUUACAGAAGAUGUCCAUCGAUGAUCUCGAGGCCGAUGAGGCCGCAGCUGCUGCACGCAAUGCGAUCAGCGCCAAUAAUGGGGAGGGUGAUGUGGAUGGCAGUGAAACGUCUCCAGCAAGCACAGCUCAGGCCAUUGUCGAGCAGCAGCGUCAAAAGGUGGCGGACACCAACAAAUUUGCAGAUCGCACGCACAAUUGCGGCGAACUGACAUCCAAUGAAAUCAACGAAAAGGUCGUCAUAUGCGGCUGGCUGGAAUUUCAGCGCAUGAACAAGUUUUUCAUACUGCGUGAUGCUUACGGCCAAACGCAGGUGCUAAUCUUGCCCAAAACGAAGGGACUGGAGGAGUAUGCCGAAACGGGUGUACCCAUAGAAUCGAUUGUACGCGUGGAGGGUACCGUUAUUCCGCGUCCAGCAGCCACCAUUAAUCCAAAAAUGACCACAGGACAUGUUGAAAUCGAGGCGGACAAAAUCGACAUACUAAAUGCGGCCAAAAAGAAUCUCCCCUUCGAGAUACGCAAAUUUAAUCGAGCCGGCGAACGCUUGCGGCUCACGCAUCGCUACUUGGACUUGCGUUUCAAUGAUAUGCAGCAUAAUUUACGCUUGCGUUCGGCGGUUAUAAUGCGCAUGCGCGAAUAUUUGAUUAACUAUUUGGGCUUUGUGGAGGUGGAGACGCCAACGUUAUUCCGACGCACGCCCGGCGGUGCUCAGGAGUUUGUGGUACCAACACGCAAGGCGGGUCACUUUUACUCGCUUGUGCAGAGCCCACAGCAGUUCAAGCAGAUGCUGAUGUCGGGCGGCAUCGAUCGCUACUUUCAGGUGGCGCGAUGUUAUCGUGAUGAGGCCACACGACCGGAUCGUCAGCCGGAGUUCACACAGCUUGACAUUGAAUUGUCGUUCACUAGUCGCGAUGAUAUAAUGCAACUGAUUGAGGAAACUCUGCGCUACUCGUGGCCCAAGCAUUUGCCCAAGUUGCAGACGCCGUUUAGGCGCAUUACCUACGAAGAGGCCAUGGAGAAAUAUGGCACAGAUAAGCCGGACACACGUUUUGGUUUUCUGCUUAACAACGUCUCGGAUAUUAUCGAGAAGAGUGAAAACUUCAAGGGCAAAUAUAAUGACUUUAGCGCCUAUGCUAUUGUGGUGCGUUCCAGCGAAGCCUUCUGGAAUGGUGCCGCACGUAAGCACUACGAGAGUCUGAGCAAGGUCUUCUCUGGCACGCUCUUCGUACGCAAGUUUAACUUUGCCAAGGACGUGCAGGAGAGACUGACUAAGUUGCUGGGCACCGAGGUGGCCACUGAGAUUAUUGAGAAAUUUGAUCUGGAGGAAAACGAUUUGCUUUUCCUGUGUAUUGGACCCAAAGUGGAGACGCGCAAUCUACUGGGUCGCAUUCGAGUGGACUAUCACGAUUUUCUUGUAGAGAAUGUAAAAACUAGAAAACCAAACGACUAUCGCUUCCUGUGGGUCGUAGAUUUUCCGUUAUUUGAACGCAACCCCGCCACAAAUCAGCUCGAAAGCGUGCAUCAUCCGUUCACGGCGCCGCUUGUUGAGGAUUUGGACAAGUUUGCCACCAGUUGCGACAAUCUGGAAUCCAUACGGUCCGAAGCAUAUGAUUUGGUCCUUAAUGGUCAGGAAGUGGGCGGUGGAUCUAUGCGCAUCCACGAUCGCGAUAUGCAGCAGUUCAUAUUAGAGCAAGUUCUCAAAAUCCCCCACGAUCAUCUGGCGCACUUGUUAAGCGCUCUGGAGUCUGGCUGUCCGCCGCAUGGGGGCAUUGCUCUGGGUCUGGAUCGUCUUAUAGCUAUAUUAUGUCGUGCGCGUUCCAUACGCGAUGUGAUUGCAUUCCCUAAGUCCCUCAACGGACGGGAUCCGCUCUCUAAUGCACCGGUGCCCAUUUCAGAUGAGGAUAUGAAACUCUACCACAUCACCAUACAGGAGGUUGAAGCGGGAGAGGACGGUGCAAGCAACAAUGAUACAGCGAACUCACAGGAGGACGAUGAUCCAGAUGCCAUGCGUGCUCCACCAUCGCCCAUGUCGGGCACUAGCGAUACUGAGCACACCACGAUGGAUGUUGAUGUGAAAAACGAGCCCACUGAAGAAGUGCCAGCGACAGUGCCAGAGCCAGAGGCAGAGCCAAAGACAGAGCCAAAGUCAGAGCCAGAGCCAGUGUCAGUGUCAGUGUCAGUGCCAGAGCCAGAGCCCACAAGCACGAACGAUAAAGUUGAUGAGACGGCAACGCCAGCCACAGACUUGCUAGAAUCAGCCAUCAAAUCUGAAAAUGUUAUCGCAGACGAAACGUCAGCACCGACAACAGACACGACUGCUGCCGCUGGACCAGCGACGCGCGCCAAACGCGUGGUCAAGAAAAAAGUGUAGGACGCAUCGGGUCGCGAGCAACCAGAGCAGCGCGGAAUUAAAGAUACGACUUAGCAUUUUAUCCAUAAGCUCAAAUAAUAAAACAUGUAAUGGCGUUGCAGGAUGCCAACAACACCAAUCAAGAUGCCACCGCUCUAUUGCCAGUCAACCCCAUAUAGGGCGGUACCGAGGCAGGAGGGCAGCUCCUAUCAAAUUGUAUUGUAAAUGCCAAUGGGGCGCGAUUUAGUGUCCACUGGUUUAGUUAACCCAUCUAAUCUCCACUCCCAUUGCGGACGCACCUCACGCGCACGCCCACCAACAUUCGUAAGUCCAUUAUUAAUUAUAUACAUAUAUGGCGAUUUAUUACAAUUUACAAUAUAAUUAUAUACGAACUGCUAUUGUAUUGCGAUUUGUUUAAAAAUACAAUAAAUCAAUUAAGAUAGAAA